GGGUGGCGGCUGUUCGCAGGACUCGUCGUCGCGGUCAGACCGUUUUUUCCGGUGUCAGCGGUGCUUACAGUCAGUCGCACUACGCUUCAGGGGAUGUAUUCGAGCCGUUCGCACUCUCAUUACGUUUCGGGGGAUGUAUUCGAGCUGUUCGCACUCGCACUACGUUUCGGGGGAUGUUUUUGAGCCGUCCGCCCCCGCCCCUGCCCGUGGCGGUGAAGUAGCGGGAGGGAGCACCAGGUGCGGCGGAGCCGGUGUCGCACCGUCUGAGCCGGCCGUUGGUUGAGGUGUAGUCGGUUGUUGACAGAGGUCAAGCUGUCGAAAAUUAGACCUUUUUUUGGUUAGGUUUUUUUUCUUCUUCUUUCCUCUCCCCUAGAGAACAUGGCUGAGGUGGUUAAGUGGUUUCGUUUGCUAGAGUCAGGUCGUGAAAUAAGGUGCGUUAGAGAACAUUUCCCGUCGUUCCGGGAAAUCCCUUUCAGUUUUUCUGUUGUGUCCAGCCUCUCUUUCCAGAUGAAGGUCACACACCGGUCGGAAGAAUUUGUCUUUAUUUAUUAGUCGCAACAGUUGCUUCAGUGGGGCACACAGGGCACACCUCAGCCCAUUCGUCCUAGGACGGUUUGAAUUUGAGGACAUUAUUGUGCUGCUGCAGACAGAGUCUCAAGUAAGUGAAUAGCAUUCAGUCACUGUAGGUGUCUCUUUGUCAAUCCAGUUUUGCCAUAGUAAAAAUUCUUAACAAAAAUUGCAGCUAAGCAGACCUCAUUUCUUGAACACCAGUAAUUCUAGCAGCUGAAAACGCUUUGUGAUCUUCAGCUGCGUUGCAUGGAGAAACAGGUGGUGUAGGGCUAUGCCUCAACACUGCUUUUUGUUCAGGCUGGACAACUUUAUCUAACUCCAAAAAUUAUAAAUAAAACCCAAAGGAAACAGAACCUUUUGAAAAAAAGAACUUUAAUGGUCAUGUAAUUAAAUCCAUGGUACGUUUAAUUGAAUUAUAAACUAUUUCAGCCUGAUGAUUUCCUACAAACAUUUGUUCCAACCUCAUUUGCCCCUAGAUUGUGAAAAGAAGUAAAUUUCCAAAACGUAAAUUAACAGUAUCAGCUGGAAUUCUAAUAUAUUGUUAUGAUUCAGAAUUAUUACAGUACAUUUACUGUACUUUUAUUGUUUUAGUUGCAGUUUCACUGUUCUAUUAAAAAAAUUAAGCAGGCUUUUGAAUUUCAAUUAUUUAGUAUUGGCCAGCUAUUAGAAAGAUUUUUAACUUUUUGAAGUACCAGUAGUUACAGAAGGCACCCUCCAAACGAACUUUUUCUUUCCCCAUUCAAAGAUCAAUCUGCAUAUUGUUGGCAAUACAGUAACCUUUUGCCUUAUGAAGGUGUGUGAUUUCUAGCUGCAGGAGAACACUAGAAAUGGAUAUUUUGUCAGCUGGGUGAUUACAACAAGAAUUACUAGUAAUAUUGUUGUGCAUUUUUCUUUGACCAGCUUUGUCACGUUCCUGCAUUUCACUUUUUAGAGCAGCAAAGCGUGUUCCUAAUAAUGAGCCCAUAGAAGCAAUUCUGGUGGUGAUUGCAUUGGUGUGAUGUCUUAUAGGUGAAGUAUGCAGUGAGUAAACUUCUCCAUGAGGGACAGUAGAACUUCAAGUGAUCUUUGCUCUGUUUAUAAUGCCAUGCACAAAUAUUUUCCUGUUAUUUCUACAAAAUGCAUGAUGACAUUUACCAUUAUCAUUCUUUUUACAGUCAGUACUGCUGCAUCUGGUGAAUCCUUUUCUUAUUGCUCUUCCUCGGUGAGAAUGGCAAGGAUUCGGAUUCCUAGCACAGUCGUUAUACUUUUUGUUACAGUUCAGACUGGAUUCUUACUCUUCAUGUUUGCCCGGUACAGUAGUUUCAUGCCUCAGGCGGGGGAGAAACCAUCACAAGUCCACAUCCUCAUUCUCUCCUCCUGGCGGUCGGGAUCCUCUUUUGUCGGGCAGCUUUUCAGCCAGCACCCCAGCGUCUUCUACCUGAUGGAGCCCGCGUGGCACGUGUGGGUUACGAUGUCUCAGAACAGUGCCAAAGUCUUACACAUGGCAGUGCGGGACUUAGUCAGGUCGGUCUUCCUGUGUGACAUGUCUGUGUUUGAUGCUUACAUGCCUUGGAAAAGAAACUUAUCCGAUCUUUUCCAGUGGGCAGCGAGUCGGGCUCUGUGCUCAGCUCCUGCUUGUGACUCUUUUCAACGCACUGACAUUACCAGCGAAAUGGCCUGCAAGACUCUUUGUGGACGGUAUCCGUUCAGCAAGGUGGAGGAAGCCUGUAAAACUUACAGCCAUGUUGUCAUCAAGGAAGUUCGAUUCUUUGACUUGAAGGUCCUCUACCCUCUUCUCACUGACCCAUCCCUGAAUCUCAAAAUUAUUCACCUGGUCCGUGACCCCAGGGCAGUCGUUAAGUCACGGGAACAAUCAGUGAAAGCUUUAGCCCGUGACAAUGGAAUUGUCUUGAGUACCAAUGGCACUAAAGUGGAAGACAGCAAAUACAAAGUAAUGCAAGAGGUUUGUAGAAGUCAUGUUCAGAUUUAUGAAACGGCUACUCUAAAACCACCUAAUUUCCUUAAAAAUCGCUAUUUAAUGAUCCGUUUUGAAGAUCUGGUAAGAGAUCCAUUAUCAGAAAUCUCAGAAAUGUACAAAUUUGCAGAUCUUAAUUUGACCCCCAGGCUCAAAAGCUGGAUCUAUAACAUCACACAUGGACAGGGACCAGGAAAAAAAAAAGAAGCGUUCAAAAUCACGUCUCGAGAUGCAGUUAGUGUUUCACAGGCCUGGAGAAACGUUCUUCCCUUUCAGAAAGUUAAGAAAGUACAGGAAGUUUGCAAAGGUGCUAUAAACAUGCUUGGCUAUCAGCUGGUGGAUUCCGAAAAAGAACAAAGAGAUCUGACAUUGGAUUUAGUGUUGCCAAGACGACAAAAUCAAUUCAGUUGGUUAUCAUUUAAUCCAAAGCACUGAAACAUUAUUUUUGAGAGAUGGGGGGGGGUGGGGCAGGGUAGAUGUUUGACUGUUUCUCUACUGCUCAGCGUAUAGUAAUUGGAAAAUCCUUGGCUGAUGACUUUAAGUGUCUUUCUGUCUACUAUUUUUCCGUUAAUGGAAGGAGUAUUUUUUUCCUGAGUUUCUUACACCUCAAAAACAAAAAAAGGCAAGAUAAUUGUCAGAUUGCAAAUAUACAACUGAGCUGUGCUGCUCACAGCAUUGUUUUAAAGUACUAUAAUUUAAGUACUUUCUGUUAAAAGGUGAAUUUUCAAAGAUGUCUUUAUUGAUAAUAGUUCACUUCUGUUUUCAUGUUUUAUAUAUUUAAGAAUCACAGUUCUUUAUUUGUAUAAAUGGAAUGAAGUAGAUACUAAAUUCCUUCAUUUGACUUUCUUCUUUCCUUUAAAGUUGUUGUGCACUUGUGUAUUUUUUUUAGACUUCUUUAGAUGUUUUAAAUUUUUAACAUAAAAGUUUUCCAAAAGCUGGGGCAACCGCAGUAGUUCUGUUGUAAAGGGCUUAAACGGGAACUUAAUUUAUUGACAGAUUUCAUAGUGGUUUCCUUGGAGUGGCAACGUUUACAAUCAGGUACUUGAAUGGGAUGUCGGCGUGGAGUGCAAAAAGCAAAAAUACAUGAAGAAGCUUGGAGCGGAAUCACAGCUGGUUAAUGGCGUCCCUGUCGCGUUCUGUGACACAGAGCAGGUGCAACACGCUUGCUCCUGCAGCGCAGUUACCCUCUGUGUUCAGGACGACACGACGCUGUCAGCGAAGGUGACGGAGUUGGCCGGGAAACGCUCGGACGGGAUCGCUCAGUCCCGGCGGGGGCUCCGGGCACGGCGGGGGGCAGAGAGCGCGUGCGCAGUGGCUCCCGAGCGUCUCCGGGACUGCGCUGAGAGUCGCGCAUGCGCAGUUCGCGGGGGGCAGUGCCGUGUUUGGGCGGCCUCUGCCGCCCCCCGGUGACCGGCCCUCGGCACGGCUGGUGCGGACCCGCCGCUCCGGCACGGCGGGGCUGCCUCCCCUGAGGGAGCGCAAAGCGCGGAACUGCGGCCCGGCUGCCACUCUGCUUUCGGGCGCCGGCCCUGGAGCCCGGGGGGCAGUGGGCGGUGAGCCAGGGGAGGAGCGGGGCGGGAAAUGGGAAAGGGAUGCCUUUCCUGGCGGAUCCCCGCGCGUGGCUCUGCCCCUUUAGCGCGUCUGCACCGCUUCGCGUGUGGCCCGUGAGAGUGAGGAGGGGCCAGGGCAGCCCCGGGUGUGGCCGUGAGGGUGAGGAGGGGCGGGCCCUGCUGGGGCAGCUCUCGGCAGUCACCCCGGUGCACCUUUCGCGGGGAGAGGCCGAGGGGGUGGUCCCAGGGCAUCUCUCAAGGAACGACACUGGGGGAGCACCUGAAUGUGCCUGAAGAUGGAGCUUUGCUCGAGGAAGGUGCCGAGGGACGAGCCCUGUACCGAGGGGCAGCGGAGGAGAGGGGAGCAGCACCGGAGCAGGUUGGGCAGUGUGGGCACUGUUAGUUAAAUGCUGAUAAGGAUGCUUGCUUUGAUUGCACGUGUACAUCAGAGUUCUCCCUUGGUUAUAAAAGCAAGAAGUCUCUCUACUGCCUGUACCAAAUGCACUCUUUUAUUUAAUUCACAUGUAAAAAGCCUACACACAGACACACACAGGUAAAUCUUUCCAUUCCAAGACGUGCAGACUUUUGGUCUUGAAAAUGGAAACAUAAUGCAGUUUUGUUCCCAGCUGGCCACAAUUGCUCCUAAUCUAAAACAGGUCACUGUUCCAAAGGAGAAUCUGCACAGGCCCCAAUUCUAAUUUCUGGUUUUAUUUAUUGGUCUCUUGGGGUUAGUGAGAUAAAGUGAAUGGAAGGCAACAAGCAAGAACUAGCUGAGGCUUCUUUGCUUAUAACUGGGCACAGCAGAAAAAUCAUGAUCUUGAUAUUCCUGUUUCCACCUUUCCCUCUAGCGUUGUGCUCAGAAUGUUUUUCCUAAAUUUUGCAGUUAAUCAGGCAUGAUCACGGGAAGCCAUGACAUGCAGAGGAAUUCCAUUAAGCUGAGUUAGACUAUCCUCAGUCAGUAACAACUUGAAAUAAAUAAGUACCCUUUCAUAUGAGAAGAUGACUGUAUGCUUCUGGAAUAGAAAUCCAACUUAACUCUGGACUUUUUUAGGAAGGAAGAUCAGUAACUUAUUCCAGAGUAUACUAUUAAUUCUGGUGUGUGACUUUUUUUCCCAAGGCAAUAUUAAAGAUCCUGAUCUCAGGAGGUGGAAAAUCCUGAACAGGAGUGAUGAUUCCUAUACCACAAUAUCCCUUAUAUUCAGCAGCCAUAUCUGAACUAGUUGCUAUCCAGGUGAACUGCCAUUUGGAUGAAGAAAAUUGCUGGGAUCUAGAUGUGAAUGAACUUUGCUGUGCCUUGAAUGAAGCCAAGGUGUAUUGCAACCCAAAAGUCCUCUGCAUCAUCAACCCCAGAAAUCCCACGGGUCUGGGAAUUUUGUUUAAUGGAUUGAUUUUAAGACCAAUUUUUUUUUUCUUUUUCAUUCAUUUGACAUUGCAGGCAAAUCCUAAAUACACAUCAAAUAUGUAAAGCUGAAUUUUAGAGUCAAUGCUCUAAGUAGGACAGUAUGUCAUAUUUUCAGAAAUAUUUUUUCAGUUUUGUGGGACUCCAGAGAGUGGGGAGCAGGUUCACUUCACUGGAUCCCAUUUGAAGCCACUGCUUCCACUGAACUUCUGCAGACUUGUGGAAUGACUUUCAGUCACCUUUGGUCUUUAUGAAAGAUCUUGCUUCUGGCAUGGCCUGUAGCCUUUUGCUUCUCAGAGGCAAUGACUGUGAAUACUCUCUGAACUCCAUGGCAACCACUGCCUCCCUCAGAAUUUAGGUUUUUGAGUAGUUGAGGUUGAUCAGUGAGAAACUAGAUCCCAUUGACCUAUCAUGCAUGUGAGCAUUUAAAAUUAUAAGUUAUACACAGAGUACUCUUAAUAAGUCAUUGAUUGAUUACUUUAUAUCACAUUUCCUUUGCUUGAGAUGGACUAAGUUACCUUGAACCAUCAUUCCUCCAAAAAUGCUCCCUAAUUUCAUACUUGGUGAACUGAAUUCUUAAGUUCAAUAGCACUUUUCUGAGAAAGAGGGGUAUCUUGUUGAAAAGCUGGAAGUCUUACUAGGUCUGGGUGAAAAGAUAUAUAUCUAGAUAUAUAUGCUCCACUAACUUUCUUCUUGCUUUAAAAAUCAAACUAUAGGACAGGUGCAAAACAGAAAGUGCACUGAAGAUGUGAUACACUUUGCCUGUGAAGAGAAACUUGUUCUUCUGGCUGAUGAGGUUUACCAGGACAAUGUGUACUCUGAAAGAUGCCAGUUCCAUUCUUUCAAAAAGAUUCUGUAUGAGGUGGGACCUGAGUACUAAAACAAUGUUGAGCUGGCCUCUUUUCACUCCACCUCUAAGGGAGUCAUGGGCAGAUGUGGCUACAGAGGACAUUAAAUGGAGGACAUUUACUUGCACCCAAAAAUUAAAGGACAGCUUGUUAAGCUGCUUUCUGUUUGCCUUUAUCCCCAAGUCUCAGGACAAGCAGCAAUGGAUAUUGUAGUGAAUCCUCCAAUACCUGGAGAAGAAUCUUAUGCACAGUUCAUAAAGGAGAAGGAGUCUGUUUUGAACAGUCUUGCCAAGAAAGCCAAACUAACAAAAGACAUGUUUAACAAGAUACUAGGCAUUCACUGCAAUCCUCUUCAAGGAGCUAUGUAUGCUGUCCCACAGAUCUUUAUUCCUUCCAAAGCCAUUGAGGAAGCAAAGGCUCAUGAAGUGGCACCUAGUAUGUUGUAUUGCAUGAAACUUCUGGAAGAGACUGGAAUAUGUGUUGUACCUGGAAGUGGAUUUGGCCAAAGAGAAGGAACCCACCAUUUCAGAAUGACCAUUCUUCCUCCAGUAGAGAAACUGAAGAUCCUACUGGAGAAAGUGAAAGACUUCUACAUAAAAUUUCUUGAAAAACAUGAAACUACUGUGGCUUUUUACCCCUCAUCCCCUCCCUUUCGAAGCAAAUGAAGGCAAUGAACAAAGAUGUGCUGAGAAUGUGCUGUUCAUCUAAUUUAACUAAAUUCAAAACAGAUAGAACCAGUCUCAGAUACUGCUACAACUUAUUGGACUAUUAAAAGUUAAUGUCUCGUAUAGAAGACAUUUUUUUAAGGGGAAGGGGAAGAAUGUGAAGAAAGUGGUGAGAAGAAAGACUUAAUAAAUGUAUUUGUGCCUUGAUUGGAAGUUA